GUGAAAAUGAGGUCACGGAGCUGCGGACGGAAAGCCAUGGGAUGGCAGGAUGAGUUUCAUUUGAAAUCGCCCCGAACACAUUAAAACGAUACCUGAUCGUCAGCGUUACAUAAACUGUUGAUGCCAAUGGUUUGCACCGUGACCUGUCAUGUUUGUUCUGCUCUGUGCAAGGAACGGUGGGCUGCCUCGGCUGCAGGAAGAAAUGACCGACGGAAUGUUGCUGGAGAUGCUAAUGAGCAGUGUGUAGCAUGGACGAGAGCUUAGCUUGUCUCCUCCAGGCCAGAGCCACCAACCCAGGUCACACUAUAUGUUGCAGAGAAGAUUCCAUCAACUUCAUUCUCCGAGUCAUUUCAUAACUUGUCACUGUGUGUCCUGUAGCAUGAGCUCUUGUGUUGCGCAAGUCAGGUCUUACGCCACCUGCUGUUCAUUGAGCUUACUGCUAUCAACAAUAUUUCAAAUACAUCAUUUGAUAAAAUCUUAAUAUGGGUGUAAACUAGGGGCUUGACAGAGGUCAUGGAGUGGGGUCGCCAUGGCAAGACAGCUUCCUUGUCCUACCUUUCCUCUUCAUAUCUUAGUUUGCAUGCAAAAACCACUUUGUUUGCCACCAUUUUCUUCAACCACCCAGGGAACAUGAUGGCAAAUACAAGUCUGGGUCAUGUGUUUGGUUCUCCCUCAGGGAUACCUUUGGUGGAAGCAAUGGAGAAAGGCAUUACUCAAAAUUAGACGCUUUCAUACACAAAACAGCGUUCAAAACAGCCCAUUCCUCUGUUGCAAUUCAAUGCAAACAUGCCACAUACUGAUCUCAGCUUGUUGUUCCCACUGUGACCACACCAAUGAAAUGAACUUCCCACAAAGAACAAUAAAAGUGAGAAACAAAAAGGCCCUUUAGUUUUACUGUUUUGCUGAAAAGGCCAGACAUCACAUCGAGCUGUGCUUGCUUGAGAGUUGCUUCACAAGUCCACUUUGCCAACAAAGUGACUGGCUCUCCACAUUUCUAAACCCCCUCAGAGGCCACGCUGUUGAACCCAGACUUUCUACAUCCCACCGUUCAUGCUGUUUCUUUCUGUCCGUGCCAGGCGGGUCAGGGGCCGCCCUUUUCUCAGGGCUCUGUAGAGAAGUUGGUUAAAAUUAAGACACAAAUCAACACGUUUCGAGUAUUCACAAUGCAAAGCUGCUCUGUGUGGAGACAGUUUGAGUUUAAAUUCAAGCUACUUUUUUCAGUUUUAUUAAGGAAUCCUAGAGAGAUUGUUUUUGCCGUUUGUGGGAUGAUAUUGCUGUGCUCAAGAUGGAUGUAAACUUCAGAUGGAUGUAUAAAAAAUGACCAUUGCAGUGCUUAAAUGAAGAUAUGAAAUCUGAACUGGAUUACAAAAGUUGCGCUGGAUUCCCCUCAGAAGAAGGGCAAACAAAAGACAUGAGCCUUGAAGUGCAAUUUUAGUUUGCAAAAUAAAGUAGACAGUCUUUGGAGUUAAUCGACAAAUUUUGCUCAGUUUUUAUGGUGAGCAACCCGCUGACUAAGCAAUGAAGCACAGGGGUGAGGUUUCUUGUUUGUCUCCUUUGUCUCCGGGAACGUUGUACCAACGUCUACCAGUAGAUGUCAGUCUUCCUCAGUUUGGGAUGUUAGGGGACAGGAGGCGCUUUUGUCUGGGUUCCUUCUGAAAAAAAUAUAUGUGUUGAAUGUGCCUCUGAAAGAAGGACGUUCCGUGAGAUUAAAAAUUAAAUCGCCGUGAGAAUAUGAAAUUCCUUGAAAAACGGAAGUGAUGUUAAAUGGCAGCGGGACAGCUUUUAACGUUCCUGUGGCGACGCCUCAGGCGUAGUGUGAGGAUGAAAAGGGGUGGAUGUUCGUUUUGGGGUUUCUUGCAUGACAAGUGUGCAUCGAUCGUCUGGCGUGUGUCUGGCAACAAACAAAAGGCAGCGUGCUUUGCGGGAACUUCUGAGUUAACAGGAUGAAGGGAGCGAGGUUUCAGGGGCGGGAGGUUGUCAGCUAUGCGCCACGUGAUUGGACAGUGUGCUGCAGUCUUUGGUGAGACCUUUAAAUGCCUCUGUGAAAACGAUGAAGUGCCGUGUUUUGACAUGACUAUGGAUGGAAAUACUGUAUAUCGAAGAAGGAGUUCAUAUAUGAAGCUGGUGAUACUUCAUAAUAAAAAAAAUAAGAUGGCGGUGAGUAAAAGAGGUUAAUGAAGGUUGAGGAAGUGUGUCCACAUUUUCGUACGUAUUUAUUUUGACCAUUAAAACGUGUUUAUUUAUUUCCAUUUAUUUCCUCACUGUGGUAUUAGUCACACAGCUAUGUGGGGGGAACCCGGAAGAAGCCCUUUGUGUUGAAUUGUCAACUCAACGCAACCAUACAACAUACAUGACCGUAAUCCUUCACUCUUUUCUCUUUUCUUACGGUGUCCCGUGAACGCAUCGCGGUCUGUGGAUCGUGACGCGGUGCCUUGUGGGCGUGUCCUUGAAGAAAUCAGCUGGGGAAACAACAACAGAAAACGGGGGGCGGCUCAGACUCCAACUCAAACCUGCGAGCCAGUUAUGUCUGCAUUUCAUUUGCAGAAGGGUCCGUCUAUGAUCAAAACAGCACAGGCGCGUGGAAGAGGCGCGAGUUUUUGCGAUCCGCUGCGUGGAGGAGACGUUCAGAGCAAGUGUAGGAAAAAGAGGAUGUGAGAGGGCAGAAGUCCUCACGGCGCCUGCACCUAUACAUCUAUACCGUUAUUGUUUUGCUUUUUCUUUUGCUUUUAAACCUAAGAGGCUACUACUAGAUCACGAACUCAUUCUUCAGCACGCCUUCGUCCGGUUCGGGAGACCGGCUGAUCAGCCAGCAGUGUGGCAUGUGGGUCAAUUCCGGAACCGUCGGAAGGGCCCUCUCCAUGGAUAUAGACACAGACUAUGAGCGGCCCAAUGUGGAAACCAUUAAAUGUGUGGUGGUCGGGGACAACGCAGUGGGCAAGACCAGGCUUAUCUGCGCCCGGGCCUGUAAUGCCACCCUCACACAGUAUCAGCUGCUUGCCACCCACGUGCCAACCGUUUGGGCCAUCGACCAGUACCGCGUUUGCCAGGAGGUGCUAGAGAGGUCCCGUGAUGUGGUGGACGAAGUCAGCGUGUCCCUCAGACUGUGGGACACUUUUGGAGAUCACCACAAAGACAGGAGAUUUGCCUACGGCAGGUCUGAUGUCGUGGUUCUAUGCUUCUCCCUGGCAAACCCCAAUUCCCUGCGCCAUGUACGCACCAUGUGGUUCCCUGAGAUCAAGCACUUUUGUCCCCGGACACCCAUCAUCUUGGUUGGCUGCCAGCUGGAUCUGCGCUAUGCUGACCUGGAUGCAGUUAAUCGUGCGAGGCGUCCUCUUGCCAAACCCAUCAAACCCACGGAUAUCCUCCCUCCAGAGCGGGGCCAUGAGGUGGCAAAGGAACUCGGGAUUCCCUACUAUGAGACGAGUAUAGUGGCCCAGUUUGGUGUCAAAGAUGUUUUUGACAACGCCAUCAGAGCGGCUCUCAUUUCCCGCCGACAUCUCCAGUUCUGGAAGUCUCACCUGAAAAAAGUCCAGAGGCCUCUUCUCCAGGCCCCGUUUCUUCCGCCUCGCCCCCCGCGUCCCAUCGUGGGCAUCCCCGACCCACCUCCCUCGGACGGGGAAGGCCCAGAUUCUCUUUUCUGCCAUCCACUGUGCGCAGAUGUCUUGUUCCUCCUGCAGGACGGUCUCUCUCGAGUCUUCGCGCACAAAGUAUAUCUAGCCACGUCAUGCUCCAAGUUCUACGACCUGUUCACCCUCGAUAUCAGUGGGUCGCCCCAGAGUCCAAAAGAGGAUGAGCCGGAGAGCAAGGAUAGCCUGGAGAGUGCUGAGGAAGAUGAGCAGAGCAGGAGAGGAGCCAAAGAACAGGCGGGGCGCACUAAGAGCUUGGAUAUCGACAAGGAUGGUGUUGAUGGAGGGGUUCACGGCCUGAAUCGACCUCAGCUUCUCCACCACGGCUCUUUGAGGACUUCCCAGAGUGAUAAUGCACUUCCUUCUCGAGCUCUUUACUCCCUGGGGGGACUUGGGACAGGCAGGGCUCUUUCAGGAUGGGGAAGAGGUUUCUUGAGUGUCUGUCUGGAGCAUGUGGACGACCCAAUGACGGGGCGGCCCAGGCUCAUGACCGUGGUUGUCAUGGACGCCCUCAUACAGGAGGAGCCCUUCAAGGCUGUGCUGCAGUACCUGUACACAGGCAGCCUCGAUGAGGGGCGGGGGGAUCUGAUGCAGGUGGCCACCAUUGCUGAGCUACUGGAAGUGUUCGACCUGAGGAUGAUGGUGGCCAACGUCCUGAACCGAGAGAGUUUCAUGAACCAGGAGAUAACCAAGGCAUUCCAUGUGCGCAGAGCCAACCGCAUCAAGGAGUGUCUCAUCAAAGGAACCUUUGCUGAUGUGGUGUUCUUCCUGGACGACGGCUGUCUGCCGGCCCACAAGCCCCUGCUCAUCUCUAGCUGCGACUGGAUGGCCGCCAUGUUUCGUGGAUCCUUCAUGGAGAGCUACAUGGAGGAGGUUUCCAUUCCUAACACCACGACAGCUUGCAUGCAAGGGGUUUUGGAGUUCCUCUACUGUGGCCUGCUGACCCCUUGUCCCGAUAUGGAAUCCAUCGAGCUGAUUGUUCUGGCCAACCGACUCUGCUUGCCACGACUGGUCGCCAUGACAGAACAACAGGCCGUGGACGAGCUGUUGCACUUGGCCGUCAAAGGAGUGGACAUUGAUGGGCAGGUGUUGGCCUACCUGGAGCUGGCCCAGUUCCACAACGCCAAACAGCUCUCAGCAUGGUGUCUUCAUCACAUUUGCACUAACUACAACAGCAUCUGCCGAAAGUUUCCCAAAGAUAUGAAGGUCAUGUCUCCAGAAAACCAGAGGCACUUUGAGAAGCAGCGGUGGCCCCCGGUGUGGUUCCUUAAGGAAGAGGACCGCUACCUGCGCUCGCAGAAGGAGCGCGAGCGCGAGGAGGAGCUCUUGCGGAAGCAGCACACCAAGCGGGGCUGGUGUUUCUGGAGACACCCGUCCUCCGCUCCUCACGUCUCUUAAUCUCCUUGGAUAAGUUCAGCGCACCCAGGACUGAGUCUUGGUGUUUCUCAAGGGGGGGGGGUGUACGAGCCUCUUCUCACCUGCGGGCGGCCAUGACAGCGAUUUGAUCCCCCUUUUGUGCCAGUGUGAAGUUGAGUGAAGCUUUUGAGUUGAGUGCUUCCCAGUGAUCUAUGAGGGCCUGCGGUGUUACCCCAGACCUUCCCCCCACCCCCAGCCUGGUCCCUCCACCAGCACUUCCAGUGUCCCAGUGAUCGGACUGGGAGCAAGGGCUCUUUCUCUCUCAGUCUUUUUCUUAACAACACCUCUGCCUUCACGUUUACACUGACUGUUAAGACCCGUCCGUCUAAAAACCAGCACUGGAUUCUAAAAACUGAUGUAACUUUUUUUUUUUAAUUAUUUAUGAUCUCCAUUUUGAUAUAUUUUGCACCUUCCAGGACUCUCUUUUUCGAUCCUUCACAAAUGUGAGAAAAAUCUCCCAAUGCUUGUGUUCAUGGGUUGGAUGAGUCACUUUUGGACCGGUGACUUUUGAGUGUGUCAAAUCCCAAGUUUCCCAAUUUUACCCAAAACAUUAAGCCCUAGAUAGACGACAUUUUUUUUCAAUUUAUGAUCAAAGACUUGCCCAAAACAUUAGCUCUCAGUCCCUCUACAUCUAGACGAACGGGUCUGAGUUAAAAGACCGUAUUUUCACUUGGCCCCUGUUAUUCUCUCACAACAGAUUACUUUGGAAAAUAACCAUCUUAAACCUUUUAUAAAUAAAAAAAAAGUGCUAGAAAACACAGAUCCAGAAUUGUGAAGUGGAAAUAUUACUGGAUGAAACAAUAAGAAAAUUAAAUCAACAUUUAAGUUAAAUACUUUUCCCCAAAAAAAGUCACAAUAUUUGAAUGGGUGCAAAUGUCUGCUUUUCACUAUUUAGCAACCAAAUAUGAGCUGAGCUUAUUUUAGCUGCAUCCCUGGCUUUGCUUUCUAUCGAUAACAAAACAGAUUUAGAGAGAAGAGUAAAUCGUCCAUCAUGGCUGCCAGGAUCCCUAAAGGUUCACCGUGUAUCUGGGGCUUAAGACAAACAUUACUCCGGCACCUUCUUAAUGCACCUUAAGGAAAGUGACCACUAUCGCAAACGUGGGGAUGAAAAUUGUCGGCUUCACCUCACACCUCCUCUUCAGAGGAAAUACAUUCUCAGUAUUUUGGAGGUAAAAAAUAGAUCACAUGACGUCCGUGACCACUGCUCAGUUGCAUGCAAACACCUCAGCCAGCCUGCCUUUACACCCCUUCACCACAAGGGGCAGCACUGCUCAGGGCCCUGGCACUAUUACAGGACUUAAGACGUGUGUGACUUCCAAUUUUUUUUUUUUUUUAAAUAAAACAAUCCAUGUGGAGUUUUAAAGUAGUGCAGCGGCACACACCGUGUCAUGAUAAUAGUUUUGUUCUCCUCUGGAAACCAAAGCUGUGAUUCUUUUUGAGCUUUCUUCCUCAUAAAUCCCUGCUUCCCUGUGUAAGAUCUUGGAGGUCAUUGACAACCUGUGAAGUAUAUAUGGAUCCCUCCACUCAUUCAAAUGGUGCUGGCUCUGACCCGUCACACAGGCAGUAUGUAUUUGUUUACCUGCAGAGCAGAGAAUCUUUUUUCCCUCCAUAUGUCAGCAAGGUCGAAAUAGGUCACUGAUUUUUUUUUUUUAAAUGUAAAGUUUUGCUGCAUUUAUAUACAGGUUGUUGGGAGGUGAUUUGCUAAAAGUGUUGUCUUAAAUCUUGGUCUAGUUUUGUAUUAACAAGUGCUGAUUGGAUUUUCUCAUUGAGGGCGCUUGCUUCUCAGCAGAGAGUUCUAUUUGCGGGCAGCAGCUUUACUGUGGUAACAGCGGGGGACCGAUUGUGCGAGUUCAAGUCAUUGUCAGCAACGGAAAUAGACGAAAAUCUCACCAGACCAAAGUGUGACUCGAGCUGGUUCCUCACUCGGGAGAGGUUUCAAAGUGAACCAAACAUUAUUGCUUUAAGCUGGGCCAUUUGGAAUGUCAUGUGUGGGUGUCAGAAUCUUUUCGCAGGAGACUGUGGAAGUUGAUUUCACAGAGACGGAGUCUCAUUGUUAAUUAGCAGAAGCUUAUUCUAGUCACCUGAGAGUUUAGUUCAGCUUCAUUUCUCUGUAUUUUUCGUUUUACCUAUUAUAGUUGCAUUUUUAAAUUGUAUAGAACUUUAUUUCCUAUUUUAUAAGUCCCUCUGGUCCCAACCACAGUCCAAACAAUCUGAUUCGUAACCAAUAACCUAGACCACGUGAGAAAUAAUGAACUUUUUUUAUAUUUUACAAAACAAUAUCCUGAGUUAAAAAGAUUUUUUCAUCUUCAUUUUAGUAUACAUAUUAUUUUAAUGACAUAUUUAGAUGAUAUUUCGGCUGAAAAACUCUUUCCAAAAUAAGCUUUGUUUUCAAUAAUCCAGCUGAAUGGUUUUUCUUGCGACUGCGGUUGGUUCCGGCGCAGAUCCCCUCCCUCUCUGACCGAAUGUGCCUUAGAAAUGGAUCGUCAAAAUUGGCUUAUUUAGGAAUUUGGAAGUUGUUGCUGAAAUCUGCAGACUGGUUCUGCAGCACUGGAACUGACUUCAGAAAAGUAACUUUGUUGUUAUAUAGUGGUGGUGUUGUGCCAACCUUCCAUGGGGCGUAAAUAAGUAUUUUUCUUUUUUUUAGAUCUAUAAAGGUUUGUGGUUGUGAACGUUUGUCGAAUCACAUUGUCUUAGCGUGAGAUACUUUGAAGCCACAGACGUCGAGAAAUUUCCGAGUGACCAGCUGCUCUUUCUUUUUCCUUGAUCGUGUUUCACUUUACGUGGCGGCUUCUGUUUGUUAUUCCUGAAAAUCCGGCGAUGUUUAAGAAUGCACUUCUUUUGUCUUUGCACUUUUUGUACUCAGCAUGUGUGUUUCUAAUCUGUGAGCAUGAUUCUUUCACGCUUGAAAAACGACCCUCGAGCCCAGUGCGGCCAAGUUGGCACUGAACAUCUGUUUUUCUUACCCCUACUCCCCCCCCCCCAAAAAAAAAACCUUUUAAAAGUAGCAUCACUUAAUAUGCAAAAUUUAAUGAUGCAAUGUCGAGGCAUUUGCUGAAAUAUGCAAAUCUGUUGCUGCUGCUGCUGCUGCAUGCUAUUCGUGUCAGUGCAGUCGAUACAAUCAAUGCAGAUAUAUCGGGUGUUGACGCCCCAGAAUUAGCACAUAGUUGUCUUCGCACACUUCACCUGCGCCUGCUAGCAUGCGUUUCCUGUGCUGCUAAAAAACUUCAUGGUCACACCGCGGGCUCCUCUGCCACCCUGAUCAGGAUUACUGCUGGAACAUGCAUUUAGGAUAUUUAAGGAGUAUUUCAAAAGCCCAUUUGAAGGGACGGAUUAAAGCGCAUGCUCUUGGGAAGUUAAAAAUAAAACAAUCAAAUGCGCCUAGAGGAUGAGGUGCAUGUCCUCCUGGUCCUAACCACUAGUGAACCACUACCUUUCAACAGUUGAAUACUGUCUAAACUUUACUUAAAUAUUCAUAUCUGCCUGCUUAAAUAAGUGGGGAAAGUGCAUUCUGUUCAUAACCACAAAGAUGUUUUAAUCCAAACAGAAUGUACCACAUAACUUUGAAUGUUUGUCAAUGAAUUUAUUGAAUUUCUAACAUCAUGAAGUGAUUGAUGGAUUUUGAAAUAGACAAGGUCAUUGUCACCUCCUGAGCGAUGUUGGAUGAAACUAAAAUGUUUGCUCCUGCAUGAAACGACAAUUGAUGACUUUCCCUCAACUAUAUUUUGGACUUUAAUUCUGGAAUGUAUGCAUGACUUUCCAUGGAAACCUGCAUUUAAAACACAAUAAUGAUGACAUGGAGGUAUUCAUUUAAACCCAAAGGACUAUACCCGUAGUUAGAAACUGAAGUAUUUGUUUGUCCCAAAGCGGACACUAGAGGCCAAAGCUCCACCCCAAUUCAGCCUAGUCACCCUCCUAUGUUACGCUAGUGUUGCUUUCUACUAGGCCUUGUGUUUUUCGACUGAGAGAACACGUUGUUUUUGGUGUCUCCUCGUGCCUUUCGGUGAAACUUCACUUCACUUCUCUGUCUAUGCUGCCACUGAACACACAGCCUUCUGAGCUCAGACUUGGCCGAGUAACACUCACACGGGCGUGGAAACGGCAGCAUUUCAUUCGUGUACAUUAUACUAUUGCGAGUGUAUAGAGUUGCUGUACAAUGAUUUCAAUCUGUUGAUACUACUGUAGAGCUGCAUUCUUAAGUGCUUGCGUCAAUAACAAAACAACAAAACCCAGCGAACCAGCAGUUCCAAUGUUCAGGUGCCUGCACUUGCUAUUAUGUAGCCUGAAUGAUGUUCUGGAAAGAAUGCCAAGGAGUUUUUUUAUACUCAGCUGUUACAUCAGCAAACCAGUUUCUCUUCACCGAUGAAACUUCUAUAUCCGGCGUCAAAACCUCUCAACUGCUGCGAGAAUUUGGGGAAGCAAGAGCUGAUGCAACUAUAUAGUGUACUACGCUUUCAUUGAGAGAAUUGUAACCUGAAUGUGUUUUCAAUUUGAAAAGGAUCUCACUUUAGUCUUUAACUGCAGAAUCAUUGUAUUGUACUAUAAGUAGUGGUCAUAUAGACAUACAGUACAUGAUGGGGUAAACCUCUGAUAUACAGUAUAUAUAUAUAUAUAUAAAUAUACAUACUAUGUUAUUGUUAUGCACUUUUGUUUUUGGACUUGUUAACAUUUGCCGCCCAAUGGUGUUAGUCGCCAUGCAAAGCUAAAGAGCACACUUUGUCACAUGACUAUUAAGGGCUUUUUAAAAAAUAAAGAUAAAACACAAUCAGAAUGUUUUGCUGCUUUUGCAAAAGAGACAAUACAUGUUUUGAGAUACAAGUAUUUGUAAGAUUUUUUAAACCACUGUGAUUUGUACAAAAUGAAAAGAAAAAAAUGUUUCUUUUUUUCUUGCCAUUUCAGUAUUUUGAUGUUUGACAUGGAUUUUUAUUAAACUGGUUAAUCUUUUA